AUGGAUGAUAAAAGUGGCAGGUUAAGAAAGAAACGGGGAGUAUUGAGAACAUCUGUUACCAAAAUUUGUAAAACUAUUGAAACAGAACUAACGAAAACAGAUGUAAAUGUCGAUAUGUUAGAAGAAAUGUUAGAGAAGCUUGCGGUUGAGUCAAGUGAAUUAAAGAAUCUAGAUUCACAAAUUGAAGAAUUCGUUUCCGAGGACAAAUUAGAAAAAGAAGUAAAAGAAGUAUCGGAAUACACCCAAAAAAUUAUAACUUGGAAAUUUAGAGCGACCAAAAAAAUUCGCGAACGAACAAAAAAUGUUGAUUCUUUGAAUGUUCCAAGUUCCUGUUAUAAAGAAUCAUCGAACAUUAAAUUGCCAAAACUUGCGAUAUCUAAAUUCUACGGGCAAUCAAGUUUAUGGCUUUCAUUUUGGAACUCCUUUGAAUCAGCCAUACAUGAAAAUGAUUCAUUAAGUGAAGUCAGUAAAUUUAAUUACUUAAAAGCACACCUAGGUGGUUCUGCCCUAAGUACCAUAGAAGGAUUUGCAUUAACACCAGAAAAUUACGAAAUCGCCAUAAAAUUACUUAAAGAACGCUUCGGAAGAUCAGAUGUUCUCAUUAAUACCCAUUUGAAUAAUUUACUGCGUAUCUGCCCAUUAAAGAACUCAGAUGAUAUUGUAUCAUUCAGAAAAAUGUUUGAUAAUAUACAGACAGAAAUCCGAUCUCUUGAAUCUCUUAAUGUUUUGAAAGAAACCUACGAAAACCUACUUUGCCCAAUCCUGUUAAAAUGCCUUCCCCCCGAUCUCGUUUUAGAA